AUGGGAGCAUGUUCAGUGAAGGGAGUGAUUGAUGGGAAGUUUGAAAGUGGGUACAUAGUUACAGUGAGAAUGGGUUCGGAGACACUGAAGGGUAUACUUUACGAAGUGGCAUUGGGUGUGCAUGAGAGUAAGAAAUCAGAGAGAAAAAAGAGAGUUGCUGUUCAUCCAAAACAUAGCAGAAGUGGGUACAAUUUCUUCUUUGCUCAACAGCAUGCAACACUGAAGCCACUUCACCCAGGAAAAGAGGGAGAGAUUCCUAGGAUCAUCGCUGAACUCUGGUCAAACUUAAAAGUAUCCCAAAAGAUGAUUUAUCAAGAGAUGGCGAAGAAGGAUAAAGAAAGGUACAAAGUAGAAAUGGAGGAUUAUUUGGAGAAACUGAAAAUGGGUCCAGUCAUCACUGAUGCUGUGCCACUUCGACAAUGGCCUCCCAAACUGGAUGAAGUUGAAGCAAACAAAGGCAAUUCAAGUAGAGAAAACGUUAAUAAAGCUGCAGAUAGAGUUUUUGAUAUGAAUGCAAUGCCUCAAAUGAUGGAGAUUGAAACAAACUAUAUGGGUUCAAAAGAAAACUCACUUGAGGAGGGUUUAUGA